AUGGUCUAUCCAGUUUACGAGACUGUUCUGGCUAUCACGUGCUUCUCCAUUGCCAAUGUCAUAUUCCACUGCAUCAUCGGACCUCUUCUGAGCAUCGCAACCGCGGUCUUACACCUACCUCAACUAUUGCUCAGCGUAAAUGGUGUAGACGACUCAAUGUUCUUGUCUGCCUAG